GCAGGGGCUCUCUGACUGUACGAAGUUUCUGGAUUUGAGUCUACAGUCCAAGAAAAAAAAAUUGAUUUCACCGUUGAACUGUGUGAGUGGGUCGGUGGUCACAAUCUGCUAGGCUGGGUUUACGCUGAAUUUACUGAUUACACUGAUCUUCCUGUGAUAUGGAUCAAGCUCAGUUAAGUAGUGGAUCAGCCUCGUAUCCGGAUAAUUUUGAGAUGCAAAGAUGUAAACUAGAUGGCUACUGACAGCGUGUGACGCGCUGAAUGUUUUAUGCGGGCAGGUCGGCAGUACGGAGGAGCCACUCUCACUGACAGGGUGGGCCGAACACGUUGUGGCGCGUGGAGAGGCCCGGAGAAGGAUCCGGAAACUGGUCAGAGAACGCAAGAUGUCCGGCUUCUUCUACAGUCCCCGCGGACGAGGGGCCGGCGGCCUGCCCUUCAGGAAGAGGAAGUCACGCUUCACCUUCGACGAGGUCCAGCUCCUGUUGAACGAAGCAAGUUCAACAGUGGCGUCUCGGCCGACGUAAAAAAGCGCACGUGGGCGGAGAUCACCGCUCGCAUCAACGAGAUCAGCGAGUGCCCGCGCGAGAUCAUCGAGAUCAUCAAGAAGUGGUCGGACCUCAAGUGCGACACCAAACGCAAGGUGGCGGCCAUGCGGGCGGGGCCGGGCGGGGCCAGCUCGGCGCUGCGCAUAUCCCGCGACCUCUCGCCCGUGGAGAACAUUGUGCACGAGAUCCUGCAGCUGCCCCCGCGGGACUCCUCCUCGGGCGGGUUCCCCGGGGGGUGGGCCGGCCUGGGGGGCGGGCGGCUGGAGGAGAACGGUGACGAUGACGACGACGACGAUGACGUCAUCAUGGGCAUGCCCGGCAGCGUCUCUGCUAACGGCAGGCUGGACCUUCCUCCCAUGCUCCCCAUGCCCCACCUGCCCCCGCACCCCCUGGGGCUGCCCAACGCCAUGCCCCUGCCCCUGCCCUUGCCCCCACACCCACUGGCACUAAAAGGGGAGCUCACCAUGCCCCACUCCGUCUACGGCCUCUCUGUCCGGGACUCCGCCUUCUCGCUGGCUGUGUCUGGGGAUCCUCCCGUUUCCUCUUAUGAAAUGCAGUAUGAAAUUCCUCAUGCAGAAGACCAGGCCCUGGACGACUCGGACGGGGAGCGGCGUGAGGGCCCGCGGCCCAGCCCCGCCGAGGAGGAGCAGCACCUGCCCGGCCUGCGCCGCAUGGCCCCGUCCUCCGUGCGCUCUUCCUCCUCGUCCUCCUCCGCCGCCGCGCCCGCCCCCUCCUCCUCCUCGGCCCCCGCCCCGCCCGCGCCCGCCACGCCUCCCCAGCCGCCCGCCGGGGCCCCUCAGGGCCUGAGCGCGCGGGACUCCAUGCUGCAGAGCGCCUCGGCCAGCGUGCGGGAGCAGCACGCCACCAACGCCCUGCUGGAGACGGUCUCGCGCUCCCUGGUCCUGCUGUCCGAGUCGCUGCAGCAGCUGGUGGAGACGCAGCAGGAGUUCGUGCGCGACUCCCUGCGUCUGCAGCAGGAGACCGUGCACGUCCUGCGGGACUUCUCCACCGGUGCCCUGGCGCUCAUGCGGGACAAGCUCAACGGCCGGCCGCCGCCAUAGCGACGGUAGCCCGGGUAACGGUUCCCUAGGUGGGGGAAGGGUGUGGGGGUGGAGGCUCCCUCGGGUGUUGCAGGAGCAGGGCCGUGGGCCACGCCCACACAGAGCACCAUGCAGACCUGGGUGUCGUAUGUAAGGCAUGGGCACUGUAGGGACGUUCCUGAUUCAGGGUAAAACUGUUAACUAGAUACCUGGAUAAGCUAGCCAGACCCCCAAUUCCACUGAUAAAUAUACAUUUUGCAAAAGUGUACUGUACUUAAAACCACUGGCUGGUUUUCUGCCUCAUCGGGAUCAUGCAGAGUAUUAUUAGUUAGGGCACUGGACUUGUGGCUGGGGUUCCAGAGUAUAGUGGUAUACAAACAAUUAUAAUAAUUAUUUAAGAGUAAUACUUUGUUUAUGAAAAGUAUAGAAGUAUUGGAGUCUAUCCAUGAAAUUGGAAGCAGUCAACAUGGAAAAUGAAUGGUCAGUUGGACAGAAAGCUGGUGAUUGGCUACUUCAAAGAUGGUACCAUUAUUCAAUGUGCCAAUGGUAAUGGAUGAAUUUGGGGGGGUGAUAUCACUGAUCUUGGCAGAAAAUCAUGACUGCUCACAUACUGUAUAUCAUUGUACAAGAAAUUGCCAAAGUAUUUUGAUGGUGUUGGCCAAUAUUGCCAUACAUUAAUGGCUUUUAUAGUAAUUAUAGUUAUUAAUGCAACUAAUGUUUUAAAGCACCACCAAAACCCCUUGUUCAUAUGGAUUAAAUUAAUUUAUUUAAGUUUAAUUUUAUCAACUUAAUUUUACUACAUCGAAUAUCUUGAAGACGAAAAAAGUGAACCACGGACUUAGAUGUUCUAUUUGCUAAAAUUAGCAAAAAUAAAGGAACUUUUUUUGAAUAUUUUGCCAUAUUGUAAAGAACAUUUCUGUAGUUUGUAUUAUUUUCAGACCGAAUAAUGCUUUUUGUGGCAUUUGGCCAAGACGCGGUUGUAAUAAAGAUGAUACCGGUACUACUGUAAAUUCACCUGUAUUUAUUUUUAAUGAGAGAAAUGACAAGUGAAAAAUCAUAUUGCACAGAUGGCGCUCACAGAUCCGAGUCAUGUUGUUUUUCCAAGUGUACAUUUUCUAUUCAUGCGUCCUAGCAAUUGAUAUUUAGAUGAUCUUAAGAUGUUUUAAUCACAGUUCAUUGUCCAUACUACGUAGCCGGACUCAUUGAAGCCAUUGUGUCCUCAAAUAUGUUCUCAUUCUCAUUGAGACUGAAUGACAAUUUCCCCAACCCAUGCCUUUUUAAAUCCACUUGCCAUCGGUUCUUUUACUAAAUACAACCUGUUUAUAUCACAGAUGGUGUGGUACACCAGAAUUUGUACAGAAUUUUUAUUUCAGCCGAUUUUGCAAAUGUAAUGUUUUCUCAUACUGCGGUUCUCCUUUGAUGUCUCUGCCCCAUGAAACACUAAACCACCUAAUUUAGAGGGCAUAAUAUCCAAAUAUUGGAGUAGUUUCCUCAUAGGCUGAGACUGUGAUGGCACUGCUUUUCCUGCCAGUUCUGAUUAAUGUCAUUGUAAUAUGUGGGAACUUGAGCUGGAAACUGUGCCACACUAUGCAAUGUAGCAUACAGUGGGCUCAUAAACAGUUUCUGGUUCACUUCUUAGGUGGGCUGUUACUGUAUACCCUUGAGCAAGGUGCUGGACCAGAAUUUCUGCCUUACACAUCUAGCUGUACGAAUGGGCAGAGUGUAAAAUGUUCUGUAAUUUGCCUUGGAUGGGUACCUGCAAUGCGAAUAAAUUGUGUAUUGAAAUGCUGCCAGUACAUUUCAUUCUA